GCUCGUCAUAUCACAUUGCCAUCCUGACAACCGCGGAAUCAACUCACCCCAGACUUCCUUAGAGAAGCAGCAGGUUAAAAACAAAGAGCAUUCAGUUUUUCGUAAUGUCUGGCUCAAGAGUCACUAGGUAGGCUGGUGCGGUUGAAAAGAUUUAACAUAGAGGCAGAAAUUUUAAUUACAGUACCUUGUCAGAUUUUUCAGGGUUUGAGUGCCUAUAUCUCUGUCAGAGACUACACAUGUGGUUGGGAAUGGGAUUGCUUAUCAUCUGCGGUUCUAAAUGAAUAAAUUAUUAGAUAGUUGUGGAUAUUAACGAGUGUUUGUGUCUAGACCACGCAUUUUUGUUGAUUGUCGAUAAUAUCAUAUCUACUUCUGCAAAAAAAUUAGGCAUCAAAUUAAUAUUAGAGUUUUUGCAGUACAGAUCAGAGAAAUGAGUUCUCCCGAGGUGCAUCAUGUCUCUACCACUAUGGUCCGGCCAGCAAGUUGCAUCGAUGAACCAACCGGAAACCAUAGACGGAUUGAUUUGAGUCCUGGGGAUCUAGUAUUUCUAAGAAUAGCAUACAUGCAAAAGGGUCUUCUCUACAGUAAUGAUGAGAAGUGCAUCAACGAAAAGAUAAGUAAUCUUAAAACUUCUUUGUCACAUACACUUGAUCAUUUCUUACCUCUUGCCGGUCGUCUUGCUAUUGAAAAACAUGAAGAUGAUAACACCAUCUCCGUCUAUAUCGAUUGCAACUCUGAGGGCGUAGAAUUCAUCCAUGCCACGUCUGACAUAUCCGUCGAAGACAUCGUCUCUCCAACCUAUGUUCCUCAAAGCCUAAUCGAUCAGCUAUUUACCCUUACUGGGGUACGAAACUACCAAGGCCAGUCACAUCCUUUAUUUUCAGUUCAGGUAACUGAGCUGCGGGACGGCGCAAUUUUUAUUGGAUGCAGCGCCAACCAUUCGGUAUGUGAUGGAACGUCAUUUUGGCAUUUCAUUAAUUCAUGGUCUGCGAUUGCUAGAUCUGCGGAAAACCAUGCUUCAAGUCCUCCUCCGGUUUUUGAGCGGUGGUUCAUCAAGGACACAGAUCGCCCCAUCCAUCUUCCGUUCUCUUUUGCUGACAAAUUGUCGGCGGCAGUAAGAGAUACCACGACUACUGAAGUUUCACCACUUGAAGGUCUUGUAGAAAGAUGUUUCCAUUUCACUAAAGCAAACAUUGCAGCGUUAAAAGCGAGGGCAAAUUCAGAGAUCAUUUCUGAAACAAAACAAAAUAUGGUAAUAUCAUCAUUACAGGCUUUAUUAGCUCAUGUUUGGACAGCCGUAAUACGCUGUCGGAGCUCUUUAAACGACAAUUACGAUGAUAGCCGAGUUCUUGUGGUUUUGAUAUUGAUGAAUAACAGAACUAAGUUGAUUCCACCACUGCCGGAAACGUACUUUGGAAACUCACUAGUAGGGGGAUUGGUAACUCUGAAAGAAGGUGAGCUGAUCAAGAAGGGAUCUGGUGUCCUGGCUUCGUUAUUGAAAGAGAUGGUUAACUCCAACAAUUUUGAAAAGAGCAGAAGUUUUAUAGAAUCAUGGAUAGAGAAACCUAUUAUGCCGGGUCCUGCUGGUGAUGGUCCAGAAAUUUACAGCAAUAUGCUUGUAGCUAGGAGUUCCCAAUGGUUCAACAUGUACGGUAAUGAUUUCGGUUGGGGGCGACCAAUCGCCGUAAAAACAGGUAGAAAUGGCAAAAACUAUGGCGUAACUACUGUGAGUCCAGGACCAGUUGAAGGAAGUGUUGAUAUUGAGAUAUGCCUUCCUGUUGAGGUCUUGAAGGCUAUGGAGAAUGAUGCUGAAUUCAUGGAAGCCUUUUCAUCUUAACCAUUUUUUUUCUUUUGAUGUGGUGAGCCAUCUGGGUUUUACCCCACUGCAGAAAAAUGUAUUGCAUUUCAAAAUACAUGCAUUUUUUGUACUCCUAUGUUUCCGUUAAAAGAGUUAUAAUUACUUUUUUAUUUUAUUUUACUUAAA